AUGUCAACAUUCGGCGGCCCCGGCGGACGUCAACGCGGCUCGUUCCCUCUCGACCACGAUGCCGAAUGUCAACACAUCAUGAAGUCGUACCUGCGCUGCCUGCGCGCUCACCGCGGAAUGAAUGACGACGAGUGCCGUAUGCUGAGCAAGAGCUACCUCCAAUGUCGCAUGGACAAGAACCUUAUGGCGCCCGACGAGAUGAAGAAUCUGGGUUUCGACAACACUCCACAAGCUCUUGCUGCCGCCGCUGCUGCUGGACAUGCUCCGUCCGCCGAUGCGACAAAGAAGAUGCCAGAAGGAGGGAAGAAAUAG